UCUGGUAUAUUAUUGUACCAUAUGUGAUGUUGUAAUGCAUACAAUUUGUGCGAUGAAGUCAAUACUCAUCGGCGGAUUUCAUGAGGUGGAAAUCGAUGGUAAACUAUCACAGCUGGUGUACCAUCACCCAAAAUACCAGCCCAUACCACAAACACAAAGCCCAACCUCUUCCGAUGAAGCAGACAGCAACAAUCAACCACUUUUUUUAUGCCCUUAUCCACGAGUUGGGAAUGUAUACUCCGAUUCUCUUGUUUUCCCAGUCAGUUAUUCUCUCGAAUAUGACAUCUCUACAACAAGAAGUCAUCAGCGCGACUCGAAUUUUGGAAUAGACUAUUAUUUUUGUGAGCUCUGUGAUGGAAUAUACCACAAAGAAUGCGUCGAGUCUCCAUUUAUAAUCAAACACCCUUAUCAUCCGGAGCACUCUCUCCAGCUUUCUUAUCGCAAGUCUGAUGCUCCGGAUAUAGAGUGUUUUUGUUGUGGAAGAGGAGCAAUUGAUAUGGUACACUCUUGUACCAAAUGUGAAGCUGUAAUGCAUCCAAUAUGUGCCAUGAAGUCGAUAUCUUUUGUUGUAGACCAGCCAAAGCGUCAUGACCAUCCCCUCACUCUUUUUCCAGAACAAGCUUCCUUAACUUGCAACAUUUGUGGUCUAAUCAGAAAAAACUAUCCCACCUACGUAUGUUUCAGAUGCAGAUUUGUUGCUCAUAACGAUUGUAUGUAUUCUCCAUCCAUCAUCAAGAUAUCCCGUCACCACCAUCGCGUCUCCUAUACUUCUUCCCUCCAGUAUGAAGAAUGGUCUUGUGGAGUUUGCCGUAAAAAUAUUAACGCUGAUUAUGGUGCAUAUAUGUGUGACAAGUGUGAUGAUUAUGCUGUUCACGUAAAAUGUGCUCUACGGAAAGAUGUGUGGGAUGGAGUUGAACUCGAAAGUAUACCAGAAGAAGAUGAUAUUUCACAAGAUGUUGGGCCGUUCGAGAUCAUAUCUGAAGGAGUGAUACUUCAUUUUCUGCAUGACCACCACCUUCGGCUCGAGGUUAGAAUAAUUUAUGAUGAAAAAAAGUUUUGUGAAUCGUGUGUUCUGCCUAUUGUUGAAGGUUAUCGUUACUCUUGUGUUGAAUGUGACUUCGUGAUCCACGAAAUCUGUGCAAAAGAUCGCCGCAGGAUACAACAUGCAUUACAUCCUCAUCCACUUACUUUGAGUGACAAGAGUAAAUAUGAUACGGAUGGCUUCAGGUGCAAUGCUUGUGAUCGAUACUGUGGUGGCUUUGUCUAUAUGUGUCCGAGAAAGGAAUGCAACUUCGAUCUUGACGUACGAUGUGCUUCAGUUUGUGAACCGUUUAACUUCCAAGGUCAUAAACAUCCCUUGUUCCUAGCUUUGGGGCCCGGAGAAAAGCCGAUAUGUCAUGUGUGCAAAUCAAAGAGUCAUACACCAUUAAAUUGCAUCAAAUGCGAUUUUAUUGUAUGUCUCAAGUGUGCUACGUUACCAUAUAAAGUAAAAUAUAAGCAUGACACACACUCUCUCACGAUUUUGUGGGGAGAAGAGGUAUGCGAAAAAGAUUGGUGCGAGGUGUGUGAACGGAACUUAGGAGAUACAGACACAAAAGUGUUCUAUUGGUGCAACGACUGCUGCACAACUCUUCAUAUUGAAUGCUUGUUUGGGGAACUCCUAUAUAUGAAACUUGGUCGGUUUUUAGAUUGGAAUAGGAAAGAGUUCCAAAUUCUUGAGAAAGGUAAUCCUUCUCGACCAUUUUGUGAUUUAUGCAAAACUCGUUGUCAAGGCAAAAUAUUUACGAGAGACAAUCGCAUAGCUUGUUCUUUGAAAUGCGCCCGUGACAUUGUUUAAGUUAUCUCUUUGUUUUUUUUUUUUCUUUUUCUUUUGACAAGA